UGGGGGCAGCAAUGGCCGACACAGGCUGGCGAUGGAUCUCGUCUAGCAUCAAAAAUGCCAUUUAUUUAUUUUAUAUAUUUUUUUGGGAGCGAAAUUCACAAAUAAAUAAAUAAAUAAUCGAAGAGACGAUCGGCAUGGAAUCAAUCUCGAUCGCAUCUGGUUUGGAGUGUUUUGCUGCCUUAAUUUGGUGGCUGGCCCUCCUUUUUCGUUCCCCCGAGGCUCGCAGAUCUCAUCCCGAUCGGUUCCCCCUCAAGGAUCUCAAGGAAGAUAUAUAUAAUAAGCAAAUUGUUAGGAAAACAUAUAUUGAAGAUCUGAUAUUAUAAUAUGUUUCAGCAGUCAAGUAGUCGAAACUCACAAAAUAGAGAGUCGAAAGUGAAGAGAGGAAUACAGAUAGCCUUGCUUUUAGGAGCUGCUGUAUGGUUGAUUAAUCAUUUUAGCAAGAAUGAGCAAACUGAAACUCCCCAAAUCAGCUUUGACCCUGAAGAAGACGUCGACUUCGGUCGCAAGGGGAAAGCAGGAUCAGAGAACGUGGUCAUCGUAGAUGGCCAUAAACCUGACCUUGACGAGACCGCUGAAGAUAUUUCAAAUACUGGCCAUACUGAAGUCGAAGAACAAUUCAACAUCAAGGAGGAGAGUAAUGAUUUGAGUGAUAGCAACGAAGAUGUGGCUAGUGAAAGAACUAAAGAUAAAGAGAAUGCCCUAGAGCUUUCUGGUGAAUCAGAUAAUGCAAGCUCAAUGGAUCAAAAUGAGGGGAGAAAUGAAGAAGAUAAGUCUGAUAACGGAAGUGAGUUAGUCUCUCUUGAUGGAGCAAAAGAAGAUACCAUUCAAGCAUCAAAUUCUGAAGAAGAAAGGAUUUCGAGCUCCGAGGAUCAAUCAGACGGUGGAGUGAACGCCGACAAAGUUGAAAAAGAGACCAUCAAAUUGAAUGAAGAGGUUAAAUUAGAGACAGAAGGUGGCGGUGAAGUUAGUUCUGAAGUGGAAAAGGAAGCAAUUGAUUCUCAAGAAGAUGUUAAAUUAGAGGCAGAAACUAGUAGUGAAAACGACUCUGAAGUUGAAAAGGAGACAACCGAUAUUCAUGGUAGUGAAAAUAAUUCUGAAGUUGAAAAGGAGGCGAUUGAUACUCAUGGAGCGGCCAAAUUGGAGACAGAAGGUAGCAAUGAAAUUAUUUCUGAAGUUGAAAAGGAGACAGUUGAGAUCCUUGGAGAGACCAAAUUAGAGACAGAUGGUGGUAGCGAAAAUGGUUCUGAAGUUGAAAAGGAGGCAAUUGAUUCUCGGGGAGGGGUUCAACCAGAAACCGAAGGUAGUAGUGAAAAUAGUUCGGAGGAUACGACGACCAUUGCAAGCUCAGGUGAUGGAAGCGUAUCCCUCCCGAAAGAAGAAAAUGGGGUGUUAACGGACAAUGAGUUUAUUGAUGCAGUCAAAUCCCUUGACGAGCAUUCUUCUGAUGCUGCUAAAAAUGAUGUUGAAGAAACACUAGAAUCUAAAGGAAAUAGUAUCUCUGAGGAUCAAAGUGCUGGCAAUGAAAGUGGGAACUCAUCCAAUAACAAUGGGAAUUUAGAAAAUCCUGGUGCCAACUAUAAUGCUGAAGAAGAAAAGAUAAAUUCAAAAUAUAACCAGGAUGCACAUGAAUCUAAAGGUGAUAGUACCUCUGAGGAUCAUAAUGCUGGUACUGAAAGUGGAAACUCAUCAAAUAACAAUGAGAACUUAGAAACAGUAGUUGAGCGAGACAAUUUUUCCGAAGAGAAAAACACUGGCAGUAGUAUCUUUCAAGACACAACUGAACCAAAACCGAAAGGAGAAGCUAUCUCUGAGUUUGGUAAUGACAACACCUGGACUGCGAGGAACGACAAUCCAGAAUCAUCAAGCCAGGGUGGUAAAGAGAUAGAAUAAUAUUGUUCUUUGUUAUUCAACCACAGUUGUCAGAAACUUGCAUAUCAUAAUUCAUGAUGUUCAUCAUAUAUAAGUAGACUGAAGAACGCUACUGAGUAGAAAGUUGUGUUAGUCAAGCUAUUUGCCUAAACCUGGCAUUCUUUAGCUGCAAAUUCAACGACAGUUUGAGCUAUGUUGCAUUUUCUCUAUCCCUUUGUAUCGUGGUGCAAUGAUACCUACUUUUGUAGAAUCAAUAAAACCUCUACAGAAGUAGAUUUUCUGUGA